AUGGCUCCGAAUCUGAAACCGUCUGCGCUGGAGAACGCGUUUGUGCUGAAAGCGCUGACGGAGAACGUCCGUCUCGACAACCGUUCGUUCUCGCAGAUGCGCAACCUCGACAUCUCAUUCAGCUCGACAGAGUACGGCGUGGUCGACGUCCGUCUCGGCCGUACAAGGGUGAUUGUGCGGAUAUCGGCAGAGGUCACGCAGUGCCGGUCAGAUCGGCCUUACGACGGCCUCUUCCUGAUUUCGACCGAGAUCAGUCCCAUGGCGGCGCCGACGUUCGAGGCGGGCAGGAAAUCCGAGGAGGAACUGGUCAUCUCGCGGAUCAUUGAGAAAUCAAUCAGACAGUCGCAGGCGCUUGACACCGAGUCGCUCUGUAUCCUUGCCGGCGAGAAAUGCUGGCUUGUUCGCGCUGAUGUGCAUUUCUUGGACCAUGACGGCGGGCUGCUGGAUGCGGGUUGCAUGGCUGUUAGUGCUGCGCUUUUGCACUAUCGGCGGCCGGAGAUCUCGAUCGUUGGCACCGGCAACAAGAGGGAGGUCGUAGUGCACCCGGUUACCGAGAAAGUCCCCGUUCCGCUGUCUGUUUUGCAUGUGCCUGUGUGCGUGACAUUCUCAUUCUUCAACAUGAAACUCGCAGACAACGACGACGAAGAAAUGGACACAGAUGCACCAGACCAAACCGCUGUGCUCGUCGACGCAUCCUUACAAGAAGAACUCCUCCGCCACGGCUUCAUGGCCGUCACCGCAAACACAAACAAGGAAAUCUGCCAGAUCUACAAAGCAGGGCAGCUAGUUGUUGAGAUCGAGACGCUUCUGAGCUGCACGGAGGCCGCGGUCGCGGUUGCGGAGAAGGUCACCAAGCUUAUAAAGCGGAGGUUGAAAGAAGACGAAGCGACGCGGAAUGUUGAUAACAUUUUCGAAGAGGCAAGGGCGGAGAAUACGAGAUUGGUUGCGGACGAGGAAGCAAUUAGGGAGAUGGACAAGGAGUAGAGCUGAAGGAAAUAGCUAGGCAUUUAUUUGUAAACUACAU